AGAGCAUGCUCACCGGCUUGAUGUACUCCCGCCCCGAGGACCCCAUCAGCUAUCUGGAGUGCUGCUUACAGAAAGUCCGGGAGCUGGGUGGCCCCGAGAAGGUGCAGUGGGACACUUUCCUGGGUCCGGAGCAGCACUGCUUCCCCUCACUCAAUGGUGGGCAGGGGAAGAAGCCCUUCUUCCAGCCAGACCCUGGUGUGGGGCCAUACCACUGGUGUCUGCAGGCGCCUGCCUGUGGGUGCCUGCCGUCCAUCCAGAGCCAGUUCUCCAUCGAGAGCGACUCCGACAUGACAGAGUCCACUGGGCUGAUCCAGGAGUACGACGUGUUUGACCCCAGCAGACCCCGCCCCAAAAUCAUCUUUGUUAUUGGUGGCCCUGGCAGUGGGAAGGGCACACAGAGCGCCAAGAUCGCUGCCCACUUCGGGCUCAUCUGCAUCUCCGUAGGCGAGAUCCUGCGCAGUCAGAUGCUCCACCAUGCCACCAGUGACCGGAAGUGGGAGCUCAUCGCCCAGAUCAUUGCCAACGGGGAGCUGGCCCCACCUGAAACCACCAUUGAGGAGCUGAAGCAGCAGUUCCUCAAGCAGCAGGAUGCCAGAGGCUUUGUGGUGGAUGGUUUCCCCCGGGAGAUAGGGCAGGCCUUCACGUUCGAGGAGCAGAUUGGCUCCCCGGACCUGGUGGUGUUCUUGGCAUGCUCAAGCCAGCGUUUCCGGCAGCGCCUGGAGAAGCGAGCAUUGGAGCAGGGCCGGCUGGAUGAUAAUCCCCAUGCCAUCGAGCGGAGGGUGGACACCUUCAAGCAGAAUGUCCCACUGAUUGUGAAAUACUACCAGGAGAAGGGAGUCGUCAUCCGGUUCGAUGCAGACAGAGAGGAAGAUGAUAUAUUUGCUGACAUCAGCUCCGUGGUCCAGGCACAGCUUUACCCAGAUGGCAUGGACAAGCCUGAAGAUCUUUGCCCAGAUCCCCUCAGGAUGGCAACAGAAAAAUUGAAGAACCACAAGAUCAUCUUCGUGGUAGGUGGGCCCGGCUCAGGAAAAGGGACCCAAUGCGAAAAGAUUGUCGAGAAGUAUGGGUACACCCACCUGUCCACCGGGGACCUGCUGAGGGCAGAGGUUGGCUCCGGCUCUGAGAGAGGGAAGAAGCUUUCAGCCAUCAUGGAGAAAGGAGAGUUGGUGCCCCUGGACACAGUGCUCGAUAUGCUGAGGGAUGCCAUGGUGGCCAAGGCAGAUGUUUCGAAAGGGUUCCUGAUUGACGGCUAUCCUCGAGAGGUGAAGCAAGGCGAGGAGUUCGAGAAGAAGAUCGGGCCCCCAACACUGUUGCUGUAUGUGGACGCUGGGAAAGACACCAUGGUCAAGCGCCUGCUGAAGCGGGGGGAGACCAGCGGUCGGGCAGAUGACAAUGAGGAGACGAUUAAGAUGCGCCUGGAGACCUACUACAAAGCUACGGAGCCAGUCAUUGCCUUCUAUGAGAGCAGAGGGGUUGUUCGGAAGCUGAACGCAGAAGGCACUGUGGACGACGUCUUCAAACAGGUCUGCACUCAUCUGGACACCUUGAAGUAAAGUGGGAAGGGGCCCUGCCUCCCCCCAGCCUCCCCUCUCACUCUCCUUCCCCCCAGAGAGCACUACAGACCCCCUUGCACUGUACUCAGAGCUGAGCCACGGCCCCCCCUCCCCAGCACAGAGAGCCAGCGAGCAUCUCCUCCCGCCCUGUCUCCCAUUCCAGCUCAAUGGCAGAGACAGCGGAAGUGGCUUUAUCCUGUUUUUAUGGACAGAGCCCUGAGGAGGAAAUUUCAAGGACAUUGUGUUUGGCUCCUUCCCCUCUCCCUGCAGUAAAGUUCACUUGAAUGAGCCCAGACUUUAUCUUUUUCUUCUGCAGCAGGAAAUGAGUUUUUCUUUCCAGAUAUUUUACCCCCCCACCAGCCCCUUCCACCCCUCCCUGAGGUUGAUUAAGGGCAGGAAGUAGCCUGUUUAUCCCACUCAACAGCACCAGCAGGAGGAGAGGGAACUGCUUCAGGACGGGACAGGCGUGUGUGGCUGGGGUGGAUGCUCCGACAAGGCAGGCAGUUUGCAUGAGCUUUCAUGUCAUGGAUUUCUGAAUGAAGCACAGAGAAAUCCUCGCUGGAGCCAGGUCUGAGUGAGACCCUCCCAGUCCACAGACAUGCAAUAGCAUAGACACUGCUUGGCCCUCAAGCCACACUGCUCCCCACAACAGAUGGGGGAGACAGCGGUUAGCCAUGGCUGGGAUGCCGAGGCAAGGUCAGACUCCACUGUGGAGCAUCCUUUUGCCCCCCUGUCUCUUCCACUGCCCACUGCAGUGCAGCCUGCCUGGAGCCAGGACUUGCCAGCACUGCCAGCAGGGGCAGGGGCCAGAAAAAUCCCUGCCCUAAGUCACAAGGGAACAGUCUGACCAGGAGCCUGGUUGCCCUGAGGCUUUGAUGCACCCCCUGUCUCCAGGGCUGAAGUGAGUCUCCACUGAAAGCCCUUCUCUGCCUGCUUUUGCACCCCCUUCUCAUGACUUCUGAGUGCUCUGUGGGGUGACUGGCUCCUCUCAGCACCACGCCGAAGUAAACACUGUGCCUCCUUCUGUCUCUGUCUUACUGAGCUUUUUACUGACACCGACCCACAAGACUCUCUUAUGCUCCCCACUCUCACACACCCAGGAGUUUCUCUUACAUUCCCUCUGUCAAAUACAUGUGCACAAGAGUCUUAUCUCUCUCCUUUCUUACACACACAGAGGAGUUUCUCAUGCUCCCUCACAAACACACACAGUCUUCCUCUCCCUCUCAUGCAUUUUAGUUCCAACUCUUCCUCUGGUUUUAUUUUUUGGUUGUUUUUUGUUUUUUUUUUACAAUGGUGAAAACCAUGAGUACUUAUGAAGAAAAAAUCUUCCCAACCCCCACGUCUUAAUGGUGGCAGGGUGCACCUGCUGCCCGAAUGUACAGCACCAUGUCGUUAUUAAAGAGAGUAGCUGAAAUGUG